AUGUCUAGAUCCAAAGAACCGCCUUUGCCCGAGGAGCUGCGCACCCGCCUGGGGCAGAUGGAUGGCUGUGCCACCGCCGAGUCGUGGGAGUCCGUCGGCAACGAGUGUUUCUCGCACGGCUGCCACCUGAGCGCCAUCCGCUGCUACACGAAGGCGCUGGAGAAGGGAAGCGACACGGCCAACCUCCGCAGCAGCAGGAGCGCGGCGUAUAUGAAGUCCUCCAUGUUCGCCGGGCCAUCGCUUGCUCUGAAGGACGCCGAGCGUGCGGCGGAGCUGGAGCCGGGGCGGUGCGAGGCCCAUCUCCGUGUCGGCGAUGCGCAGCUUGCGCGGAAGAAGUACGCGGAGGCAAAGGCGGCCUAUCAAAAGGCGAUUGAGUUAGACGGCAGCUGCACGGCGGCGACGCACGCACUGCGAAUUGUGGAGCGGGAACUUUUUCUCCGCUCUCUUGACGAACAGAAGAAGUUCUCGCCAGUGACGGAGAAGCCGUCAGGAGAAAACACCGGCACGACAUCGACGGGGUCAAACGCCGAGGGGCCGCUCAAUAUGGAGGAGGAGAUAAAAAAACGCAUCCAGCUGUGGGCCGAGGACACCACCGUGCGGGAGGAUCGAACCGCCAUGCGGGCCUUCAAUGCACGCUUGGACGAGGCGGAUCGACAGGCCGGGACGAAGUACAAGAGUGAGCUGCUCUUGAAGUUUCGAGGGAAGAUGGCGGCGCAGGAGCCAUUUCGACGCAUGGUGGAGGAGCGGCGGGAUCAAGAGAUGCGAAUGGGCGAGGGCAUUGACUAUCGAAACGCCGACAGCUAUCGCGCAAUACUGACGAAAGGGACGGAUGGCGUGGGACUUGGCAUCUCCACCGACGCCUACAAGUCCUACAAGUACGAGAGUAAGAUGUGGUAA